GCUUGGAGGUAUCACACGUGUGUUGGCUAAUUUAUCUCCCUAAGGGCCAAGAAGUCUUUAAACAACAGAGAAGGAAAUAAGGGAGAAAAAGCCUCCAAGCUAACAGAGCAACAGGUCUAAAUCCUGAUCCUGCACGGCCAUUUAAAGCUUGUGCCUGUUAAUAACCGGGGCCUGAGUAAUUGACUCUGAAAAUUUUCAUUUUGAAACACUUUUGCUACAUUUAUAGAAACUGGAGCAAUGAUAUUUCGGACAGCAGUGGAGCAUGCUAAGAAGCAUCCUGGGCUCAUCCCCCAGUUCUUCUUCAUCUGUUUGGGAAUGGGCGGGGCAUCUCUAUAUCUGUUCCGUUUGGCAAAAGGACCCCAUGUCACCUGGAACAAGACCAAUAACCCUGAGCCAUGGAAUAAACUAGACCCAACAUACCAAUAUAAGUUUGUUGCCAUCAGCACAGACUACCCAAACCUGAAGAAGGAGGGACCUGAUUUCUGAGCUUCUUGUGAACAUCUUGACAAAUAAACUUGAUCAGAUUUUAACCCAUCGUUACCUCACUCUGUUGCCACUCAGUGUUGUCACUUUAGGUGGAAGGUGGAAUUAAUCCCAAAUCAGUUUCUGUGUGCUUGUGUGAUGUUUUCAAAGAAGUUCAAUUCAUUAACAGUGAUGGGAAUUGUCACUUUAAGGCACUUUGGAGCAUUGAAAAGUUGAAAAUGUAAUUUGCAAAUUCAUUAACAGAGAAGUAAGCAUCAAGAUCUUGUGACAUUCACAGCCAGACCAGCAGUAAUGCAAUUUUCAUAAAAGCUAUAAGGGAUACCUGAAAUGUAAGCUAACAGUUUGUUAACUAUGCUUCAGCACUGAAGUUAUUUAGGUCUAUUAAUUUGAAUGUAUUCUUUUAAAAAAUCUUCAGGAUAAUGCUGACUGAUUGUCAUACUGUUUAGAAAUGAACUGAGACUGUAGGCGGAUGGAAAACUACAUUUAAAAAUAUAACAAUAAUGACCAAAAAUAAGCAAAAGUCAGCAUAAACGCAAAAGAGAAAAAACACAAUUUGUUAAAAGGUCUGCUUUUUUGAUGAUCUGCUUUUUUCAGAUUUAAUUGCAAAGUAUUUAAAAAAAAAAGAUUUUGUGACUUGUAUGUUUUCCCUACAGUCUGUAGGUGUAAAGCUUUAAUCACACCAGUUUUGGAUUCCAUCUGGUUAUUACAGGUGUGUUGUGCUGCUACAUGUGUUUCACCAUGCCUGGCAUAUACUUUUGUUAUUUGCAGCCUCUGUAUUCAGCAGGCUUUAUGUUAAAUAAAGGAAGACAUCAAUGAA